CUCCUCAUCCACAGUUCAUGAUAGGUUCUGGAACUCUCAUACUCUCCCUCCUUAACCCACCACCCACAUUUACGGCCGAGACGGCCUCUUCCAUCCUCAGGGCAACCUCUUAUUUUUUCAAAAAGCCCUUUACUUACCGCCCUCCUUUAUCCAAUCAACUCCUACAUCGGCGAAACCAUCAUUGUAACCGUGUCCAACAUCGAUCUCAGCCUCAAAGCCACCCGUCACUCUGUUCGUCUAGACUGCAGCCGCAGGAUCCUACCAUAGCCGUUCGAAACCUCAAAAAGGCGCUCACACCAGAGUCUCUAUCGUGCUUGUGCUUGUGCUUUCGCUCGCAGCCACAGCACGUAGUGUUUAAUGCCAUUCACAUACUGAAACUUAUUGGGUUGAAGGUGGACAUGUAGGGAACCCCCCGCCGACCGGUCUCAGAGCCAUUGGGAGAAAGAAUGAACGCGCUGAUGCCGUUGUUUGAUAGCGGGAAGGAGACUCUCGAGUUACUCUUGCACUCUCAUUGACCGACAGCGAGUGGGGGAGGAACUCAUCCAGUCGGC